CAUAGCUUUUAUGCUAAACACAUAAUAAGAUAGGAAUUAGAGGGUUCUUUUAAUAAUAUAGUCCGACUAAGUAAUUUUUUGUAACACAAUCAUAGUCCAAAUAAUUAUGUUCACCCAUAAUUUCAACAUAACCAUUUCACACAAUCAUGAAAGUUGUCCAUUCAUGUAUACAUGGUCCACCUACAAUAAAUUCCAUUCUUAUUGAUCUUAACAACUCAAUGGCCCUCACAUCAAAAUCUGGAGAAGAUAUCAUAUAUGGUAUACCUACAACAAAUUAAUGCAUCCUUUUAAUUCUUUUACGUUCCCUGUUGUCAUUGUUCAAUCUUUGUGUUCCAUUGCAGCUAUUCAGAUAUACAAGCAGAAAGAUUCUCUAACUCAAAUAGCAGAACCAAAAGGUUUUUGAUUUAAGGAGCUCCUGCUCAUAAAUCAAAGGUCAAGUCUUGUUUUCUGUUACAUGGAUGCUUCCAAGAGCGGAAACUAAAAUUUCCAAAGUUGAUUAAUUCAAUUCUGUCUUAAUUAACUUGUGUUUUCUAGCUUGAGAGAGACCAGAGCAGGUAAGUCAACAAGUCAAUGGUCUUCCAUUUGUUUUAAGUUGACUUGAGCGUGUUCCACACUCCUAGUUAUAUGUAUUGUUGAAUUCUGAGAUCAAACUAUCUGGGCCAGCGUACCAUUCUGUUAAAAUUUUCCAAAGUGGCAUCUUCCUUAGCUUAGACUGUCAUACCUUUAUAAUUUAUUUUAUGCUAAACACAUAAUAAGAUAGGAAUUAGAGGGUUCUUUUAUUAAUAUAGUCCAAAUAAGUAAUUUUUUGUAACACAAUCAUAGUCCAAAUAAUUACGUUCACCCAUAAUUUCAACAUAACCAUUUCACACAAUCAUGUUGCAUUACUUCUCUGAAAAUAAGAGAGUAAAUCACCUUGAGGGGUUGUUUUAAGUUUCAGUAUGCUUCUUCACAGUCGAGGACUCAACUUUUCUAUUCUGUCUUGCUGGUGCAAUGAUAAUAAAACAUAACAAAUCAAAGUCUGUUUGUGUGGUUUGCAUCUUCUAUUGUAAGGAGAGCUGACUGCAGCUUGCUAUGAAACUAGAUAGGACUACAAUCUGAAUUCUGAUUUAUGUGUGCUAAAUUAUAAUUUGUGUGUUUUAUUGUAUCAUUUUGGUGUUUAGCCUGUUUGAUUCCAGCAUUUAGUUUGUAAGGAAUGAAGAACAAGCUAGUUG